AUGGCCAUGGAAGCUAUGUACCAAAGCCCGCCGGCUGCGAAUGCAUUCCCAACGCCUUCCACAACCCCGGGACGGCCACCGUCAAUCCAUAUACGGGGCGACUCGCUGGACUCGCCGAUAUCCCUCCCCAAUCACAUCUCUUCUCCUGGCGGACACAGUGAGUUUGACUCCAUCGCCGACGAAGAUGUCAUUUCGCCUUUGGAUCCCCGAAGAUUCACACCCACUCUGCACGCCUCUCUUGUCUCUGAGAUUCUUGCUUUACGGCGAGAUGUGGAGAGUAAGACUAAGGCCAUCGAUGUCUUGGAGAACACUCUCGAUGAGACUCGAACAGAGAAUGAGAAGCUGACUGAACGACUGGCCAAGCACUCCAAGGAGUCUCGGUCACUGAAACACCAGUUGCAACUGCUGGAAGGCGGUAGUUCUUCGGCUCUUACGGAACUGGCAAAGGAGAGGGACAGUGCACUGGACGGGGUAUCUGAAUACCGCCGGAAACUCGAGCAGGCGCAGAAAAAGGCUAGGAGCCGCGAGGAAGAAUUGGAAAGGACGACCCAACUAUGGACCCGUGAUAAAGAGGCCUGGGAUGGCGAACGGAGAAAUCUGGAGCGGAAAGUCCAUGUGGUUGAAGGCCGUCUCAAAGUUGUCCUGAACGAAGUUGCAGCCGUUCAAGCUGCAAGCUCCCGCGAGCCUUCGCUGCACGAUGCACAAGACGCACUGAAGGAGGCGUCCACAGGCAAGGACAGUGAUUCAGUGAGCAUGUACUCGAGCAGCCAAGGACGGUACCGAACCAGCAUCACGAGUUUGAGUAGUGCCGCUAGCGAUGACAAUCAUGGGCUCACUGACGGGCGUUAUUCCGUCAUGAGCGCUGCCGGCAUGCUAGGCUCACAGACGAACCUUGCAGACGAGUUAGCGUUUGAUGAAGACGAUGAGUUUGACCUUGAUGAUGAUGAUAUGCCUCAAUCCCCCGAAGCGCUCCCCGAAGAACGCCCUGUUUCGGUCCAUUCGCAAAUGUCCCAUACAAUGAGUAGUAAAGCACGAAAAAUACUUGGGCUUUCGCUCGACGAGAGAAUGGACAGCUUCGCUGCGAAGACCGAGGAGCCUCCAGAGACUAGGAGUCAUCCGUUGGAUCAUGCUCCGCCUGUCAAAUACCAAGAUACGGGUGUUCAAUACUCUCCUCCUGCUUCUCCAGUUCUAUCUCCAAUAGCGGAUAAGUUGGUUGAAGCGAGCGUGGGGACUGAGAAUGACAAGAUGUCUCUAUACCAAACAAAGGAGAGCAGUACAUCGACUUUGACCAUCGAUAUGGUUUCAGCCUCCGCUCAGACUGUCGAUAGUCUUCCCACCCCUCCAUGGACGCCGAGGGUCGAUGCACCACCAGAAUCGCCAAUUGUCGAGCAGGUCGCCAUGGUAUCAGCUUCUGUUCAGACGGACACCCAUGCCGAGGUUGAGGCCGAGACUAAGCCUCCAGUGGAGGACAAGCCAGCAAGCAUUGAGAUUCCAAUGAUCACAAUUCAGCCUCCCGUAUCCGAACCUUCUUCUCCUCGAGGAAGUGUAGUCCUACCACCUCGAACCAAGAGUAUAUCCUGCCAGGCCGACAUCAAGCCAAUCAACGAAACUCGCACGACUGGUAUCCAAACUGAGCCCAUCCGCAUUGAUCAACGGCCCGUCAAGCUUCCAGCAAGCUUGCUCCCAUCCGCGAUUCCAGAUUUCCCGCUGAGCACGGCCACACUAGGCCACGCUGUUCAACCAUACCGCGCGCCUUCCCCGAAUACGGUCAAUGGCCAGAGAAAGGUGCCGCCUCUCGUGGUGGAGACGCCAGCUGAUCUGACCGCGCCGAGCAAGUUCGGUCAUAUUCAGGCUUACCCAGGGAACAACGAUAAUGGUCCCUUAUCAGGCGAUUCCAAGGCCAAUUUGAGGCGACCUUUGCGAUCCAGUAGUCUCUUUGCUGGGUUUGAACAGACAAGCGAUGAUGAAGGUGUGGCCGCAAGGGACGUUUUCACCGACGAUGAGUUGCUCAACCGGCCUUUCGCAUCAUACAAGGUGCGGCGGGGCAAGCUUGUCUCCGCGAGUGAACGCCGCCGCAGUCUGGAGGAGGCCAUGCUGCCGGAUCUGACUGAGGAUCUCGACUCGGAAUCUCGCUUUGAGGCAGGAAUCGGCAGUGAAUACACAAGCCCGCCAGGAUCAUCUUGGUCGCGGUUUGGGGCUUCAGGACCUCGACAGCAUGAUAUACGCAAAGCCGCAAUGAUCACAAGCGGAGCAGCAACACAUAUGAGGCGAGCGCGUAGCCCGAGCGAGCCGAGUAUCGACAGUGGCAGUGGUAGCAAUGCGUCUAGCGUGGCGCCCCCGUUCCCUGUCCCGAUCCGACUCAGCUCGAGGAAGUUUCCUCAGACUGGAAGCGAGGGACGACAGAGCCCAACACCCUCGUCGCGGAAUUUCUCUGAUCGCCCACGCCCAAGCAUCGUUCGUCGUCCUACGCUGCGACGUGUCCGCUCUGCGGCCACAAUGUCUCAGACGGAUCAAACGAGCCGGCCGACAACCCGAUCAUCUCCCGCCAUGUCAAUGUCUUCGUACAGCCACGAUAGCCCUCGCCAUCCUCCCAUGCCAUUUGAUGAUAUCACGACGCCUCGGGAUCGACGAAGCUCUAAUGCACGCGGCUCUCGCCGACCAAGUACGUCGCAGCAGCUGACACACGAACGACAAGAAUCCACGACGUCGGUCCAGCCUACUAGUGUGGUCGAUGCCAUCGCCCAAACCAUGGUCGGCGAGUGGAUGUGGAAGUAUGUUCGCCGAAGGCGGUCAUUUGGCGGAGACAAGGACAACUGGGAAGGCCGCAACGCUGAAGAGGUCUCUGCCAGCAUCACCAAUAGUGGAGUAAGACACAAGCGAUGGGUUUGGCUCGCGCCGUACGAAAGAGCGGUAAUGUGGAGCAGCAAGCAGCCAACCACUGGGCCUGCCCUGCUAGGCAAGAGUGGUAGGAAGUUGAUCAUCCAAUCUGUCCUCGACGUCAAGGAUGACAAUCCGUUGCCCAAGGGCUUCACUGGCCCGGUCCAGUUCAACCGCUCUAUUCUAAUCCUAACGCCUCAGCGAGCCCUCAAGUUUACGGCCACCAGCAUCGAGCGUCACUAUAUCUGGCUAACAGCCUUGUCAUUCCUAAGCCACUCCGCAAUAGGUCUUCAAGACCUUUCCUCCCUCCCACCAGUGCCGCAAGAGGAGUAUGCCCGCCCUGCUCCCACAGCAACCCUCCGCCGCAAUCCUAUUCGCGACUCGAUCCGAAUCGCCAAGGGCCGCCCACGCCCUUUCCCUAAGGGCAAGGGGAAGCGGGCCUUCACCCAUCCAGAGCCCGUCCCUGAACUACCCGCAGAUUUCGACGCCGAAGUCCGAGCAUCCGAAGACGCAGCUGCUCCGCCAACAGUGCCGCGCUUCUCGAACCACUCCCGCAAGCGCAGCAAUACCGCGCCGAGGAUGCCAAUACCAAAUAUCCGCAGCUUCUCAAGCAACAAUACUGCGCCUUCGAUGCGAAGUUCGUCCGAUGCAGCAGCGGCGCCGUCUGUACCCUCGCAUGGCCUGAAUAGCGUGCGGAGUAGCUUCAGCCACCGAGGGUCGGAAACGAGUAGUGUGCGGACGGGCAACUUCUUUGAUGCCAUUGGCACCGUGCGUAUGGAGGCCUUCAUUGACCAGACCGAGUCGAACCGCUACCGAGCUGGGAACCCGCGUCGCCAUACGCGCAAGGCGUCAACCCCCUGGAGUAUGAACCAGGGAUACCCUGAAUUGGAGUCUCCGUUUGAAGAGGUUCAUGAGGACCCAUUCCACGGAUUCUAG